ACCAGCCCACUAGGCUUCUCGUGCUCAGGAUACGAGUGCGCACGCGCACACGCACACAAUCAUAUCUCAAGCUGGAGUCAGACUGAGGAAACAGAAUGCCAGGGAAGGAAGCGUUGAGGUCAGGGGGAAAGCAGAUUUCUCCUUAAGUCGACACAGCACCUUUUCUCCGAGAGGGCAGAGGAUCUUCAGAGUUGCGACGCCAAGAAGAUUAAGUAGUUGCUACUUCACAACGGUAACAAAAGUACCAUUUUAGAUUCAGUUCAAUCGACGCCUUUCCGCGGAUAUCAUCAGCCACUGGAACGGGAAUUCCACAGAAGACAUUCAUCGGGAGGAAAUUCUUGAAAUUCUCUUCAUCCCUGACUUUGCACCCCUCCAACUUCAGGUCCCUUCAGUUUUUGUGGCAUCAAAGAUCCAGAGAACACAUCAACGGGUUUGAUUCCACGAAACAUGAGUCUGUCACGAAACGGCACAUUGGAGAAGACAUCGGAGCUGCCCCACUCGGAACCCUACUCCCCCUCAAGAGGGGCCGGGGUGGUGGUGCCCCCACCGUACUCCACGGGAGGGAGCGAUGGCCCCGACCCCCCACUGGAGUUGAGGGGCUCUCUGGAUUGCUGGGCCUGCUCCGUCCUAGUCACGGCUCAGAAUCUGAUCAUCGCGGCAAUAAACGGCUUGUUGGCCGGCAUCGUGUUUGGCACCAUCCUCACCCCAGCGCUCGUCAUGAUUAUAUUUGGCUUCCUCUGCCACUCUACGGUGCAGCCGCAUGGUACCUCAGUGUACUGUUCAGACCUGUUGGAUGAUGCGGGUUGUGUUGCGCUGCUGGUCGUCGGCUUUCUCCUGCUCACGCCUCUGCUGGUCCUGGCUCUGGCUGCAUUCUGUCGCCUGGCUCGCCACCUCCAACUGGGCAUGUGCUUCAUUCCUUACAGCAGGGCGGUGUACAAGAACCUACCCCUCGCUCGCAGCAGGGAGGCCGGAGUGGCCGGCUGCUGUGGAAUGCCCGAAGCUUCAGAGACGGAGGGGAAGGGCAGCGUUUGGGUGUGAUGAGAGGUGACUUCUGAGACCGAGGUUUGAUUUUUUUUUAUUUUUUAUUUUUUUAAUGUAGGCUAUCCCUGCUGAAUGAAGUGGGUCAUCGUUUUUUUUUUUUAAUCGGUUGUAACACUCAAUCCACUACAGUUUGUCAUUGCAAAUGGAUGUUUAGCUAAAAGAUUUGUAUACUAUUUCUGUAUUUUAUAAGCUAUUUUUUCCAAUAAAACCUUACUCUGA